AUGUACCGGCAACAUGGCGAGCUCACUAUGACGAAUUGGAACAAUAGAACCUCCUCGCAAGCAUAUCGCGUUCAAGCUCUAAGAACGUUAGAACAAGGUGCCAAGCAAGCAGGGUCAAGAAUUGCAACAACUUUGAGCCAAGGCUCUUUGGAAGAUCCGAAUGCUGCUGUUAGUGGUCCGAAUGAAGAAAAUACUGCAGCUCAAGAGCAAGAGCCGGAAUUAGGCGAUGCCGACAAGUUGAUCCAGUCAUUUCUUCAUUAUACCGGCAGAGAGAUUAUCACUGGAAACGAAAAAUUGUUUGUGGAGAGAAUGGCAGAAAAACACGAGACGAUUGUGGAUCGAUUGCUCAGAGUAGCUGCAAGGAAUCUGCUACUAGGUGAUGGUUGGGAUAACGAGACCGACAUUAAUACCAAAUUGUGCCUGUCGAAUAUAGCAAACUUGAUUUCCCCACAAUGCAGCAGUUUUCUCGAGACAAUCUUGACAGCCACUCAAUAUGCAUUAUUGGAAUCUAUUGAAGUACAUCCCUUUCAGGGAUUGUCCGCUGAGUGCUUAGCAGUAUUUGACGAGCUUGUAAUGGACAGGUAA